AUGAUGAAACAACUACCGGGAUCCCGAGCCUCAAAAUCGUCUGCUGUCUCACAGCCUCAAGCUUCCCAUGUCUCUGCGAAGACGUCCACCCUCGCCAAUCCUCCAGCGACCAAGAGAGUGAACAACGACACUCUUGAAUUUAAACCACCACUUGUCAUGGCGGUAAUCCAGUCAACUUCAACGAUGGCCGUGGCUGUCGCAGAUGUCAGGGCAGUCCACGCCAAACAGAGCCUGCCGGGUCCCGUUGUAUUCAGAAACCCACCAAUGGAAUGCAACUUGCCGGCGAAUAUCCGGGUGUCCAGCAUCUCCAAGCUGCCAAACCGCCCACAUACCUCCCUUGGUGAAGAAAUCAAACUGUCCGCCACCACAAUAUCCUACUUAUACGUGGCUGAGAAGUACGAACUCAUCGAGCAAGACCGCCAAGUCAAGACUGUUCUGGGUCUUCUGUCAGAGGUCCCCGGCCACACGGUAGCUGUAUCCUCCAAGGGACAACGGAAACUAAAGCGUAAGCCAGUUCAGUUCGUGAUUCCGAAUCCGGCCAAGACAAUCACCAUUCAAAACGGAUUUGUGACCUCGGAUAUCCAGCUCACAUCUGAAGUUGGAACCCCGGCCAAAGUGGAAAUAAUCCAGAUUCAGCCAGAGAUGUCACAAACUGAUCGGGACAGAAACAAGAGGAGCAAGAAGAUUAGUAGAAGGAGGAUCGGUGGCCUACAUAGUGGUUUAUCUAACGGGGUAUUUUCUUUGGGAGCCACGAAGUACGAGCAGUAUGCAAACACGCCAGAAUUUAUUCAAUUUGGAACCAGGGAGUCGAAUGGCCACAUUUCGAUGCCAGUGGGCACGAUCAUCGAAGUCUAUGAGUAUAUUCAUGUAAUUAACUCUGAGAGUAAUGCCACCAUCCUUCGCGGGAUGGCCGGGUGUCGAGUUCAAGGGAUGGCUGGAGUUCCCCAUCCUUAUGGUAUCACUACACACUUUCACGUCAAUUUCCGUAAAUAA